UGGCCAGUGGGGUGUAGCUUUCCUCUUGCUACACUCCUUUUCUCCAAGUCAUACACUUAAAAUCCAUCCAAAAGAAUUUCUUUGAUCAUGUCUCUGACCAUGUCCAUACACAUGCAGAUCUUUCAGGUCUCUUUAUCAGCUAGUUCCUCAACUACUGUGUGGGCCCCACCUGGCAGUGAGUGCAUGCUUGUGCUAUAACUCUCAUGCACCAUCUCUCUCUUGUCCCCUCCUCCCUCACUCUCUCUCAAGCUCACCUCCUCCUCAUGAGGGCUUAUAAGACAUGAAGGUGUUCAAGGGCAAGAUUUGGGCAGCACUCGGGUCACUCAUGGACCACAGCAACAGCAAGGCCUCAUCGGCGGCGACGCCCACGGCGGCGGCGGCGCCGGUGCCGGACCGGGCGCUCCUCGCCGACAUCGAGGCGGCGGUGGAGCGGUGCACCGCCGGCGGCGGCGGCGGGGAUGAUGAGAGGCACGUGCAUGAGAUACUGUUCCUGGUGUCGAACGCGCCCGGCGCGAUCACGUUCCUGUCGCGGCGGAUCACGGCGAGGCUGGAGGCGGCGCGCGCGCCGCCGGCCGCCGCGCUCCGGUCGCUGCUGCUCGUCCACCGCCUCCUCCGCGCCGGCGACCGGUACUUCGAGCAGGACCUCCGCGGCCUCUGGGCGUCCCGCGACCUCCGCAUCGACGCGCCACGGUGCAGCUGCUCGCCGCACGCCGGCGGCGGCGGCGGCAGCGGCGAGUACGCCACCGCCACGGGCACCUGCUCCUUCCUCCAUGGCUACUCGGCCUACCUCGAGGAGCGGAUGCAGUGGGCCAUCAACCAGUCCGGCAACCUGGAGCCCACCCGGCCGCGUCCUCCGCCGCACGACGGCGGCGACGACCACGCCGCGGGCGCCGCCGCCGCGGAGGCGCCGCUCGUCUUCAAGCUGGCCAUGAGCCAGAGGCUGCUCGACCUCGCCAUCCAGCUCCUCCCCGACAACAACACGAGCGCGACGAGCGCCGCCGCCCGGUCGGCCUUCGGCAUUGUGCUCCGCGAGAGCUUCAAGGUCUACGACGCCUUCAAGGACGGCCUCGACGCGCUCCUCCGUUCUCUCGCCGCCGCCGGCGGCGGCGGCAAGGCGUCGAGGGCGUCGUCGUCGGCCCACGAGAUCCUCAAGAAGGCGCGCGCCCAGACGCCGGAGCUCAAGGAGUUCUACCACAAGUGCAAGAAGAGCAGCAAUGUCAGCAGCAAGAGCCUCGACUACCCCGUCGUCAGGGUCGUCACGUCGGCAAUGGAGCUCGUCAUGCCGCCGCCGGUCACCGACGACGAAGACGACGACGGCGGCGGCGCCGCCACCACCGAAGAGGCGGCGGGGGUGGCGGCGCAGGAGGCGAGCCAUCCCCAACCGUUUGCCACCAAGCUGGAGACGACGAUCAGCACGGUGUGGGUGGAGUUCGACGACGGCGACGGCGACGGCGGCGGCGGCGACCAUUCGUUGCAGGGCGUGCAGAGUAGCUAUCUAUAGCUAGCUUUGCUAGUUUGUAGAAGCUGAUCAUCGUCAUGAAAUGCAACAUGUUUGGGAGUAUAUUAAUUUUGAGGGCAGGAUUAUAUUGCUUGUUAAUUAAUUUUCC